AUAAAAAUUACAACUUUCCUCUCUUCUCUGCGAUUUUUGCUCCCCAUUUCUCUCUAGGAUCCACUUUGGCGUCAAACGUUGUCGUUUUGGUCAUCCCCAAAUCCUCCAAAUCUGCUCCCGCCUGCGAGACUGUUCUAGGGUUUCUCCGUUCUCGCUCCGCCGCUCAAUUUUUCCAGCUCCGCCGCAUUCCUCUGUCGCCCAGCUCACCAGCUGUAACCAAAUCCGUCUUCUCCCUCAAAUUCGUAAACCACUCGGGAGAUUUUAGCUUCUCCUUUCUCCAAAAUUUCUCGUUUCUAGGGUUUUCUCUUUAGCUUGUAUUUCACAGUUGUUGGUGGGAUGAGUACUGUAUUCAGUGAACAGAUCCUGAUUGAUAAGCUCGCGAAGCUCAAUAGCACUCAACAAUCCAUCGAAACUCUAUCGCAUUGGUGUAUUUUCAAUCGGGUCAAAGCUGAAUUGAUCGUUACGACAUGGGAAAAGCAGUUUCACAGUACAGAGAUGGAUCAGAAAGUCCCUCUUUUGUAUCUGGCCAAUGAUAUUCUUCAGAACAGUAAGCGUCAGGGCAAUGAGUUCGUGCAAGAGUUCUGGAAUGUUCUUCCUAAGGCUGUCAAAGACAUUGUUUCUCAGGGAGAUGAUCGUGGGAAAAAAGUGGUUUCGCGUUUGGUUGAGAUAUGGGAACAAAGAAGAGUGUUUGGAUCCCGUUCGAAGAAUCUUAGAGAUGUGAUGCUUGGAGAAGAUGCUCCUCUGCCUCUUGAUGUCAGCAAAAAGAGGCCCCGUGGAUCCAAAUCCUCGAAACGGGAUUCAAAAUCGUCUAGAAUGAAACUACCAAGUGGAAGUGUGGCUGAGAAGAUAGCAUCAGCAUAUUAUUUGGUUGUUGCAGAAAACUCAAAUGAAGAAGCUGAGAUGAAUAAAUGCAAGUCUGCAGUUAAACGAAUCAGGAAGAUGGAGAAAGAUGUUGAAGAAGCCUGCUCUACUGCAAAAGACGACCCGAAGAGAAAAUCAUUGGCGAAAGAAUUGGAAGAAGAAGAAUACCUUUUGAGACAAUGUAUUGAGAAACUUCAAUCUGUUCAAGGAAGUAGAACUUCUCUUGUUAACCAGCUUAAAGACGCACUACGCGAACAGGAAUCCGAACUGGAGAAUCUUAAAGCUCAGAUUCAGGUAGCACAAGAACAAACAGAAGAAGCUCAGAACAUGCAGAAACGGCUAAACGAUGAGGAUUAUGCAUCAAAACCAACAACCGUUGCUCCAGGCUCAGCCUCUGCCACCACGACAACCGAGACAAAUGACAACAACACAAAGUCUGGUCAAGCAUCAAAAAUGACGCCUGCUUCUAUUGCUGCGAUGCUCACAGCAUCUACCUCAUCACAUAUGAUCAUGCAAUCUGUUCUGUCUUCAUUCGCAGCUGAAGCAACAAAGACUUCUGGUCUAUCCAAAUCAGAGAGCACAGUCCCUGUUUCAGACACUAAUGCUUUUGUCCCUUCUUACAACAACUCCCAGAACCAGACACCCACCACACAAGGUCAGUAUCAUGUUAUCCCUAAUCCAGCAGCACCACCACCACAGUUCCUAAAACCGCCGGUGAUGACCAAUCCUUAUGCCUUUGGUAACAUUCCGUUAAUGCCACCUGGACUUCCGCCGCCACCACCACCACCACCACAUAUGAUAGGUAAUCAACAGCCUCAAAUCCCUCAGUCGAAUUCAGCUCAACAAUCUCAACAAGGCCCAAAUUUCCAGCAACCGGGAAUAAUGUAUUAUGGAGCUCCACACCAUUCUUAAACUUUAGAAAUGAUGUUAGUUGAUAGCUUUAGAUAUAGUUCUGACCCUUUUUAUCUGCU